AUGGAGUCUUUCAAGCUCGCACCACAAAUAUCGACACAUCACACCCAUAUUUCCCCCUCCAACCCUUAUGCCCCCGCCUUCAUCUUCCACCUGACACGACUCACGUCAACCUUGUUCGUCUGGGUCGGUACGGGCUCUUCUACUGGCGCGGGCGGACCGGGAUCCGGAGUCGGGCUCGGGCAGGGCGGUAUGGGCGGAGUGGGAGAAGGGGGUGAAGGAGGAAUGGGUGGAGAAAGGAAGUUGGCGGCUGAUUGGGGGGUCGCGAUGCCUUCACGAGGUAGUAUGCCAACUGUCGCUACGCCGGUGUUCCGAUCAGGCGCUUUGGACCUCGCUGUUCCUAUGGCUCAACGUCUAGCUCGUAAAUUCCCCUCGAACCAGAUCCACCUCUCCCUCUCCCUCCCACCGACCCUGACCGCACCCUCCGGACCAUCGUUAGAUCCCUCAGCUGGACGAACACUGCUUGUGAUGGAGAAAGAGCUGGGCAAAUGGCUUGAGCAGGUCACGAAGGAGUCUACCGGGGCGGUAGCGUAG